AUGGUCCCUAGUAGCACCAGGUCCGGUCGACCGUCACUCCCGUUCCUACUACUAGUACUACUCAGCUUCCUCCUCGCUUCCUCAUCAACGUUCCACUCGCCUUUCUUAACCAUCCGCGCCGCUGCCAUCGGCGCGCAGUUAAAACCUGCCCCAGGUCCCGUGAACAACCGCGACUCGAACAGCACCAGCGUCGGCACUCCGCUGCCCCGCGCGUGGCACCCACCGUUGAUUCACCCCGUCGGUCCUCCCCGUUACGCAGCGCACGAGCUCCUGCGGUCGCCACGUCAGCGCCACGUGUUCGGGCGGCUCUCCGCGGCUCGGCUAGGGGUAGACGAGGAGGCGGAUUUUCCGCAGCCCCGGAGGGGACCGCCGGAUUCUGCCUUGAGGGGACGCUCGUUGGCGGCUUCCGCCGCCGCCGACGCUCGUGAGGGCGAGUGCGAUGCGGAAUGGAUGCUGCUCUGGCCGGCGCAGGAGUGCUGGCGGCCGCGCAUGACGGCGCAAGGCGGAACUUCCGUCGCCUCCUCCUCCUCGCACCGCCUAGCGACCGCGCAAAGCUUAACUUCCGCGGGCGCAGAGAUCGCGCAAGCUUCCGCGCCUGCCCCUACCCCUUCGGACGGGGGGGGCGGCGAUGGGGGGAGCGCUCCGCCCCCGGGGAGCGAGGCGCGGCUGACACCCGAGAAUGAGAUAAUUGGCGUGUGCCGAUCUGGAGACCCCUCCACCAUCACCAUCGCCCCUGACUGGAAUGGACAGACGUGGCACGGCUGGGGCACCUCGCUGGCAUGGUUCGCCAACUACGUGGGCAAGCUACCAGACGACCAGUUCACGCUCAUCAUGGACUUGCUCUUUGACAAGGACAAGGGCAUCGGGCUCAACCUCGCCCGCUACCUCAUAGGCGGCAGUGUCAACUACACCAACAGCCCCCAGUUCCUCACCGCCGCCUGGGAAACCCGCUCUAUCCCCGGCUUCCGCGUCCGACCGAACGGGCCGUACGAUUGGACGGCGGACGGGCAGCAGAGGCGGACGAUGCUCGCCGGCCUGGCGCGGAAUGUGGACGAAGUCGAGGCGGUGUCAUACACGCCGCCCUGGUGGAUGACCGUCAGUGGGGACACGGCCGGGACGGUCAAGAACAAGUGCAACUUAAAGCCCGAGUUCUUCCAGGCGUACACGGAGUACCAGGCAUCGGUGAUUGAGCACUACCGCACGCAUUGGAACGUGACUUUCUCCACCAUGAACCCGGCGAAUGAGGCGCUGGAGGGGUGGUGGUCGCAGGGUUCGAAAAACGAGGGGUGCAACUACAAUCCUCAAGAAAUGAGCACUCUCAUUCGGCUUCUUACCGCCACCCUCCAGAGACGCAAGCUGCCCACGAAAGUCGCGGGGUUUGACAGUUUCGUCGGCGCCACUCUCCGGUUCACCUACAAGUUCCCUGCUGCGGUGAAGGCCGGUCUGUUCCGGUUCAACGUGCACAGAUACUCGGCGGUACAUGGAAGGGGUGAUGGUGGGCAUGCACCGCAUGGCGACCGGGCUAGGGAAGGAGGUGUGGGUGUCGGAGUUAAGCCGUUGGAUCUGGUGAUCUCCAAGAAGCUGUACAUGCUGCAGCAGUUUGUGCGGGGGGCGCCGCGGGGAAGCCUGCCCCUCCGAAUUGACACGUCGGAUGGGUGUCAGCACUGCAUUGCAGCCUUCUUCCAUCCCGACCAGCACUUUGUGUCCAUCUUCAUUGCCAACCAGCGCGACACGACACACUCUGCGACAUUCCAAUUCAGGGAUUUUGUGCCGUUUGAGACGGGGCAGGCGUGUGUGGUGGAGACGUUCCGCACGUCAGCCACGGAGAACAACACGCUGCUGGCCACCCAGAGCUAUACCGACGUGCCGGCGUCGAUACAAGUGGCGGCGCUGGGCAGCUCUUUUACGUCCGCGGUGCUGCGCAAUGUGGCCCCCAGGUAA